AAUCUCGGACAAAAAUCCCGUGAGAGCAAUAGUCCUCCGUCUGGCGCACAGGGUGAAAGAAACAGAGAGUCGGUAGGAUCGAAUUGGACGUUCCGUUGGCGGAGAGUUUUGCGGCUCUGCUCCGCCCAGCCAAUAAAUAAGCUACGGAGCUUUGCUUUAGUUCUUCCUAGAGUUAAUUUAAUACCUCCAACUCCUCCAUUUAACAAAAACGAAAAAAAAAGGAAAAGGAAAAAAAAAGACAUACCCAAGUAAAUAAAGAGAAGCGAAAAGACUAUUAAACAAAAUGCCAAACCCACCAAACACCAAUCUCCGCGCCUUCAAUCUAGCCGUACAAACGCUGCUCAAAAACCCCUCGCAGUUCCUCCCCCAUCUCACAAUCCCAACGAUCACGCAUCUCCCUGAACAAGUCGGUCCCUCAAUCGCUGCAAACCUCAAUCUCCAACCGACAGAUGCAUCCAAAACCAAGGGACCCACGAUCCGUGCCCUCGUCCUCGACAAAGACAAUACCCUCUGCCACCCUAAAACCACGACAUUCCCUCCGCAGAUCCUCGACAAGCUGCAUGCCCUCCGCACGUCACAUACCUCCCCCUUCAACCGCGAGCAACAUCCGGACUCGAUCCUGAUCGUGUCUAACCGUGCGGGUUCGCAUCCGCGCUAUGAUGCGGAGGUGCGGGAGCUGGAAGAGCGCCUGUCGGGACUACGGAUUCCGGUGUUUCGGUUGCCGGAGGGCAGUGAAAAGAAGCCGUUUUGUGGAGACGAGGUGCUGGCGUGGUUCCGGGAGAGGGGAGUGGUGAAGGGCGCGGAGGAGAUUGCUGUCGUAGGGGACCGGUUGGGCACGGAUGUGUUGAUGGCGGCGCGCAUGGGGUCGUGGAGUGUUUGGUGUCGCGAUGGAGUCACCGAGGGCGUUGAUCCCAAGGACGUCAGGCCGGGGAUGAACCUUCUGGAGAAAAUGGAGGUUUGGGUGGAGAGGUAUUUGAGGGAGUCGAAAGGGCUGAAGGCUCCUCCACCGAGUGGCUGGGACCGUCAGUAGCUUUCUGCGCAAUCGUUCACCUUGUUUUUUGACAUUUGUAAAUACCCAUGUAUCAUAGAUAGAGCUUGUCUUCUACGCCAAUAACUACGACUGCUAGCAAAGAGUCUGUCUUAAGAUGCUGGUUCAUAUUGGUAGAUCUCGAAAGUAUGCACGCGAAGAAUUUCACAGCU